CGGGCGGUCCCCUCUGAGACGCGUCUGGUCUGCGCACUGACCGCACACAUCUCUGCAUCUGCCUGACAACGGGCAAUGUGCCUGGCCCCCCAUCUGGUGCAUCUCACACGGCUCGAACAGCUCGGUAGAGAGUUCAGCGGGGAGCUGGACAGCAGGGCAUGCCGCUGUUCGAAUAUGGCGAAUUUGGCUAUGCUUGUCGACAUGUGCCCAGCUUGCCGGUCUGCAACCUUUUCCUGAGCUCCUUGCUACGGACACAGCCGAGCUCGAGCUAUCCCUACUUGCUCAACUUGCCAGAUCCAGCAAGCAAUGGCACUUUCGGGGAGAUACUGGCUCAUCAAGGCGUGGGAGUCAGGUCGAGAUGCGCCAUUGCACGUGCGAGCACUUUCGGGGGAUCUCAAGAUGACUUGGGCAACCUUGCCAAUAUCAUCUUUGCUGCCCUCAGCAUCCUUCUCGCGCUCGUGCUCAUUCACAAAGCAAAGAGGCGGCAAGCGGCAGUCGGUCGUAUUGAGAUCACCGUCUUCUUUGCACUCUAUGGUUUGCAGUGUCUUUUGCAGAUCGUCACACUGGGAUCUAUCGUCGGCCAAGGGACGGCGGCUGUCGUCGUACUGACAGCACUCCAUCUCGCCACCGUCGUGGCAAUGUUCUUCGUUCUCACCUGGACAGGUCUGCUCGGUCUACAACUCGUCGAUGACGGUACUGCUGCCAGUCUGAUCCCCAUGUCAUUGGGUAGCCUGAUCGCCUUUGUUGGCACGCUCUACAUUUCCCUCGACAAGGGACUCCGGAUUACUGCCUUCUUCGAGGAUCGGUCGAUACAUCCCGGCCGACUGAAAGAGCUCUUCCUGUUCACGCUGACGAUAGUAUGGCCGUUGAUCGCAACGGUCGUCUAUUUCGCCACUUCGCUCGGCGUGACCAUCCUUGUCUUGCGCGAGGGCAGACCUGCCCUGAUAUUCCUCGCGGCUCUGCUUACGUUUGUGCUAUCGCAAGGCAUCUAUUAUGGACUCAGCGAGAUGAUAUGUCUGAGGAGUGGCGCAAAAGUGGAUGGAUCAUUCUUGGCUACCUUUCUCGAAUCGGUGACUAUCGUCCUGAUCUAUCUGGGCUGGUCGGGGAUCACAGAAGACGAAUGGGACGAGUAUGCUCUCUCACCUGCAACUUGACGCUCCUUCUGCCGAGAGUGAGAGCACUGCAGCGCAAGAUAUGCAAUGACCGUAGACCUGUAUGGAUUCACGAGAUGUUGCAUUGUUGUCUUAUCGUGCUCUCGAUCGUGAGGAUCGACAUGGACAGUGCCGG